UCAGGAGCUCAACACAUCGCCCUCGCUCUUUGCCCAUUACCGGAUUGAUUGUUUCAAUUUCAAAUCAACUCAUACUCGAUUGAACUCGAUAUUGGCUCCAAUAACACUGAUUUCCAUCCAAGUUAGUGUGAUUGGUUGCUUCGCGCCUUGAUUCGUUCAUGGGUUUUCUUUAAAGAUUGCGAUUCUCUUCUGCAAUUGAUUCAAUUUUAUGAUUGAUUUGAUGGGUUUUAACUCGUUAUUGAUUUGGUUGUGGUGAAUUGUGGAUUCGGAUUCUUGAUUAAAAGAUGCGCCGGCGGGCUGCCGACUACCGGCGUCGUGUUCGAAGGAGGCUUCCAAUUUGGAUCUGGGUCUUUCUUGUGUUGUUCUCUGUCGCUGGAUUUGUUCUAAUCUUUGUUCAACACAAUUAUCAAGAUCAAGAUCAAGAUCGGGUUAAACAGCCCGUAUUGGAACAAAAUGCUAGAAAAGUAAAAGUGACUCACAAGAAGUUGAAUCUAACGAAGGAGAUAGCUAGUGCCAAUUCGUACGCCAGACAAUUAUUAGAGCAAAUGACACUUGCAAAAGCGUAUGUAGUCAUUGCAAAAGAACACAAUAACCUUCAUCUUGCUUGGCAGCUAAGUUCAAAUAUAAGAAGCUGUCAGUUUCUGCUUUCGAAAGCUGCCAUGAGAGCGGAGGCCAUAACACAAGAUGAAGCUGAACCGCUUAUUAGUAGCCUAUCGGCUCUAAUUUUAAAAUCGCAAGAUGCCCAUUAUGAUAUUGCAACCACAAUGAUGACGAUGAAAUCUCACAUUCAAGCACUUGAAGAACGGGCAAACGCAGCCACCAUUCAAAGUGCGGUUUUUGGACAGCUAGCGGCUGAAUCACUGCCCAAGAAUCUUCACUGUGUAAAUGUGAAACUUUUGGCGGAUUGGAUUACGAAGAAGAAGAUACAGGAGCUUGCUGAGGAGAAAAACAACUCCCCAAGAUUAUUGGACAACAAUCUUUACCAUUUCUGUUUGUUUUCAGAUAAUUUACUGGCGGUUUCAGCUGUGGUCAACUCUACGGUCUCCAACGCUGACCAUCCGAAGCAGCUUGUGUUCCAUGUAGUUACUAAUGGAGCCAACUAUGCAGCCAUGCAAGCUUGGUUCGUUACCAAUGACUUCAAAGGGUCCAUGAUUGAAGUUCAAAAAGUCGAAGACUUCACUUGGUUGAAUGCUUCUUACUCUCCCGUUGUUAGGAAAUUAAGUGAAAACAACUUUCAGGGAUACCCUCUUGAAGGCUCGCAAGAUUUUUUGAACCCAAAGUACAUAUCUUUAUUACACCACCUUCAGUUCUACAUCCCUGAGAUUUAUCCACACCUUGAAAAAGUCGUCUUUCUUGACGACGAUGUGAUUGUUCAGAAAGAUAUAACCCCUCUUUUCUCCUUGGAUCUUCAUGGGAACAUAAAUGGAGCUGUGGAAACGUGCCUUGAAGCUUUUCACCGACUUUAUAAGUAUCUAAACUUCUCAAACCCAAUCGUGAGCUCCAAGAUUGAUCCGCAGGCUUGCGGGUGGGCAUUUGGGCUAAACGUUUUCGAUUUGGUGGCUUGGAGGAAUGCAAAUGUGACAGCCAGAUAUCAUUACUGGCAAGAACAGAAUGCAGAUGGAAAUGUGUGGAAAUUAGGGAGUUUGCCGGCCGGUCUUUUGGCGUUCUACGGACGGACGGAGCCACUAGACCGAAGAUGGCACGUUUUAGGGCUAGGAUAUGAUGUUAACAUCGAUAGCAGGCUCAUAGAAAGUGCAGCUGUGAUUCAUUUCAACGGGAACCUGAAGCCAUGGCUAAAGUUUGGGAUUGCGAGGUACAAGCCUUUAUGGCAAAGGUACGUAAACAGAACACACCCGUAUCUCCUUGAUUGUGUCACUAGUUGAAGGUGAUUGUUAGUAUACAGAUAGAAAAUUUUGGCAUUGUUUAGAUGUUAAAUCUUUAUAAAUUAUAUUCUUUUGUUUGAUUU